AUGUUUGCUUGGCAAUUGUUUCGUGGUCAGUACCAUCUACUGCGAGCUGGAAUUUGCCAUCGCGAUAUUAAACCACAAAACUUGCUCAUUGAUGAGGAGUCUGGUUUACUUAAAAUUGGUGAUUUUGGAUCUUCUGCGAUUGAACCAAGAAAAUCGCCCCAGCCCAGUUACCAUGUUACCAGGUACUAUCGACCACCGGAGCUCUUGCUUGGAGCAAAGAUGUAUGGUUGUGAAGUCGGUGAGCACUUUGCCUCCAAUAAAUUUUGGAAGAUCUGCGGAGCUGGAAUCUGCCAUCGCGAUAUUAAACCACAAAACUUGCUCAUUGAUGAAGAGUCUGGUUUACUUAAAAUUGGUGAUUUUGGGUCUUCUGCGAUUGAACCAAGAAAAUCGCCCCAGCCCAGUUACCAUGUUACCAGGUACUAUCGACCACCGGAGCUCUUGCUUGGAGCAAAGAUGUAUGGUUGUGAAGUUGUUAUUGUUGUAAUAAGAUUUAAGCUUUACAUUGAUUGCUUUGGAUUCCCUACUGACCAUGAUGUUGCUGCAAUGAAUGCAUCCAAGCAUAAAUGGAAAGAACUUAAAUCGGUGCUUCCCAUAACGACAGACUGUCCGCCGGACGCGGUGAAGCUUCUGACGCAGAUGCUUGUCUACAUGCCUACUCAACGAUUACAUGGCCCACAAUUGCUGUGCGACCCUUUCUUCAAAGAACUGUUUGACAAAAACACAAAACGACCGUCGGGGAAACCAAUAGGAUGCUUAAGCAAAGCAGACGUUAACGACGUAAUCCAUGGCGAUUCGUCUAUGACAGCAUCUAUUCAGUGA